AUAAUUUGCACCAGCCAACACCCCUAGUUACUCACUCAUUGUCUUUCCCACUUUACCUAAUUUUGAGACAUGAUCCACACUCUCUUCUUAAAAUAAUUUUAAAAAUUUUUGUACUAAAAGAAAUUGAUUUAAGAAACAUAAAACAAUCCAAACGAGAUCGGCUUGAUACCUGGACGGAUCGAACUCGGUAAAUCGCAUUUCAACUGCUGCUUCAAAUUCUCAAGUCUGACCGGGUUCUCGCCGGCCGACUGCACAUCGAGUUCUGCAAAUCCGCAUUGCAACGAUCUGGAAGAGGCGGAGCGGCACAGCUUUGUAUGCUCGACCUCUCCGCCAUGGCUUCGAAACAGAUGGAGGAGAUUCAGAGGAAACUAUCCCUCCUCAGUUACCCUCGAGCCAAUGCCCCUUCGCAGGCCCUCCUUUACGCGGGCGUCGAAAGAUAUGCUCUCCUCGAAUGGCUUUUUUUCAGGCUUUUGGGGGAUAGAUCGCCCUUCACGCAACAGAACUGGCAAGGGGACAGUAUGGACCGUGAUGAGGAAACUGCUCGUAUACAGUAUUUGGCUGAGAUAGCUCACUUCUUGGGAAUUACACCUACAAUUGAUACAGAAGCUAUCCAGGGAAGAGGAAGCUAUGAAGACCGUGCUGAAUUGCUACAUCUCGUUGUAGACCUUGUGGAAGCAAGUUGCUAUGCUGACAAUCCAGAGUGGAGUGUUGAUGAACAGCUGGCAAAGGAUGUCCAACUACUAGAUUCAAUUGCGGAGAAGCAAGCUCAAAUUUUCUCGGAAGAAUUCAAGCUCUUCCCUGCUGAUGUGCAGAUUCAAUCAAUUUAUCCACUGCCAGACAUAACUGAAUUGGAGUCAAAGCUUUCUGAGCAUUCAAAGAAGUUGUCAAGUCUACAGCAGAUGGUCCAGGAGUUGGCAUCAAAGUAUGAUUAUAAUCCUAACGAGGAGUAUGCAGAAACCGAGUUAAAGCUGCGAACUCAUUUAGAAUCCUUUCUGGAAACUGUUAGAUCGUUCAAUUUAAUUUAUACAAAGGAAAUUCGGCCUUGGACGAAUAUGAUGGAGGUACCUCAAUUGCAUGGAUUUGGUCCUGCAGCUAAUCGUUUGUUGGAGGCAUACAACACUCUUCUAAAGUUCUUGGGAAACUUGAGGAGCCUCCGUGACGCUCAUGCAGCCAUGUCUGGUGGCCCCGACUCAAUGUCCAAUGAGCCUUCCUCUGUAACUAAGCUUAUUUUGGAUUGUGAAUCUGCCCUCACAUUUCUCAAUCGCAAUCUUGCCAUUCUGUCCACUUCUGUUGCUCGAGAACAAGGUGAGAACCUCUAACUUCACGACAUAUAAACCCAUCAUUCCUCCAUAUAUAACCUGCUUAUGUACUAAUCUAUAUUAUGGAAUUGGAAAGUGUUGUAAUUCUUCAAUGCAGCUCUCGUUUCUUCUGAUUUCCUUUCCUAAUAUUUUACGGGUGAGUGUGUCAAUAUGUUUAAAUUAGGUGAUACCAUAGAUUAAAAGAAAACAUUUGUGAAUUAUUUACUUAGUGAGAUUCCUCAUUCUCAUUUUUUUAUAUUUUAAA